AUGGACAAGGAGCGAAGUUUUAAGUUCAAGCUGUUGGUGCCUCCCAGGAUAAGCCACAGCCAGACUCACUCUGUCAGACCUCAAGGCAUAGUGCAGGGGCAUGGUAAUCCCAUCAGCAUGGUGAACCUCGUAAGCCCUUCAGUAAACCAGAGUGCUCCCCAGAAUAAUCCCAGCACUGGUGAGCUCUAUACCAAACUGUUUGAUGAAGUGGAGAAAAUAAAGUCCUGGAAGGUCAAAGUUGACACUGACACCAUGGAGAAAGAGAGGAAACUCCAGGAUAACAAAAGAACAAUUGAAAACCAACGGAAAGCCAUUCAGGAUUUGCAGUUUGUCAAUGAAAAUCUAAGCACAAAGCUAGAUGAACAGAUCUCUGAAAAUGAGGAUCUAAGAAACAUAAACAAUGCCACAAGAAACUUGUGUAAUAUACUCAAAGAAACGUGUCAGAGAUCUUCUGAGAGAACGCAUUUAUUUGAAACUGAAAGGGAAGAAACGCAUCAACUUUUCCUGGAAAAUAGUGAGAAUAUUAAGGGACUCCUCUCAGCAUUUGAAAGCCUUUGCAUUCGAGUAAAAGGUGACCAACAAGAGAUGCAGAAAGUGAAAGAAGACUUGUUGCAGUUUGAAGAUCUGAAAGAUAAAUAUCAUCAGGAACUUUCAAUGAAAGAUAAAAUGGUAAAAAUGCAUCAGAAACAGCUUGAGGAUAAGGAGAAUGAGCUUCUGAAGGCAUUGUCGAACCUUAAUGAAUCUCAGAAGUGCUGUGAAAAACUGCAAGACUCCAAAAGGCAAACAUCUGAACUUCUAAAAAGCUUGAAAACGGAAAAAGAAUCCCUUCUUCAGAAUCUGGACAGUGCUGAGCAACGCUGUGAAGACAUUAAGAAAAAAGAGGAAAAAGCAGCUGCAGCCCUGGUUGAAAGUAAAAAGGAGUAUGAAGAGAUUAUCAGAAACAAAGACCUCAACUUACAAGACCUCACAAGGGGAAAGAUUCAACAGGCAGAAAAAAUGGAGAAGAUGGAAACAACAAUCAAAGAAUUAAAGGACUCCCUUGGUCUAGAACUGCAAAGGGUCAAAGAUCUGGAGCAUAAAUUGAUGAUGGAGAGCAGUGAGCUUGAAAGAAAUUCCAAACUUUUAGGUGAGACAAUGGAUGGAUCUGCUAAGAAGGAAGAUAUGAUUAAGAUGCUUAAGGAAGAACUGGAUAUGAAAUCAAAAUCCACUGGGUUGUUGGAGAGCAAGAUUGAUGCUUUGGAAGCCAGAGUGGAUGGACUUGGUUCUGAGCUGUUAAGGAAAACAGAAGAAAGUCAGAGAUUGAUGAAUGAAAAAGAGAUGGUGUUAGCAGAAAAUAGUCUCCUCAAGGACGCUUAUGAAAAUGUUGAGAGGGCGAAAGAAGAUUUACAAAAGAAGGCCGCUUUAGCUGAGGUAAGUGAGGAGAAGAUUGUAAAACUCGAAAAGGAGGUACAAAAACUGGAAGAAAAAAAUCAGCAUUUGAGAGAUGAGAUGAGUAAGAUCACAUCCAGAAUCCAGGAAACAUUUCAAGAAAUUGAAAAUAUCCAAAAGGAAACUGAAGGAGUUUGCAAUAACCUGCAAGAAGAAGUUGCGAAAAAGGAGAAACAAAUAAAAGCUGUGGAAGCAAAGUUUCUCAACCUGAGGAAGACAUUUGAAAUGAAACUUAAACUGCAGGAGGAGUUCAGAAAGGAAAAUAAAAUGCUUAAGAAGCAAAUCAUAAAAGAAACUGCUAAAUCCAGUCAUCUCGAAAUGAUGAUUAAAAAGGUUCAAAGUGAGACAGAGGAGCUCGAGACACAGAUAGAGAAAGAUUAUCAAAAAAAAAUUGAAGAUCUUGAAUCAAAAUCAAUCCUAACAGCAGAGCUUGAAAAUGAGGUUCAAAAGCUGAAAUUAACAUCAGCAGAGGCCGUUAAGAACAGAGAAGAGGCAGAGCUCAGGUGCCAGCAUAGGAUUGCAGAAAUGGUUGCAUUGAUGGAAAAACACAAGAGACAGUAUGAGCGCAUGGUUGAAGAGAAGGACACAGAGCUGGGUAAAAGCAAGAUGAAAGAGACCGAAGCAGUCGCUCUUGCAAAAUCACUGGAGUUGGACCUGUCGAAACAGAGGACGGAAAAUGAGCAGCUAAAGGAACAGUUGAAGACAAAAGGAUCGGAGAUGGAAAAUCUACAAAAAGAGAUGACUGAAGUGAAGAAAGCAAAACGUACUGCAAAUGACAUGCUGUUUUCACAACUACAGAACAAGCAGUCAAAUGCUUCAGACUCUAAACAAGAGCUAGGUCAUAAUACUCCAAAGAAAGGUUCUUUAGAGAUGUACGAUUUCUCCAAGACCAAGAAAACAUCAAACAGGAGUCCUGCAGUUCCCAGAAAAGCUGUGUCAGCCAAUAAAAUAACCAAGACAACAUGUGAAACACCAGCAAGGAGAAAGCUUGUUUACAACAAACAUACUAUAUCCUCGGUGACCAAAGUAAGAUUGAUGGACUAUCAAAAGAGUUAUGCACAGUUUAUGCUGUUACAUUUUCCCCAGGGAACAAAAACAUUUUUUUUUCUCCUUUGUGGUUUCCUCUCACAGUCGUACAGAGUAAAAACACCCCCCCUAAAUGAAAAAGCAGGAUGGUGGGGAACCAGCAUCUUUGAAAAGGACUCCAAGUCUGACAGCUCAGAUCAUAUAGAUAUGGUUACCUGUGCAGAUGACCCAGCACCGACUGAUUUUGCUCUUCAGCGCAAAGUUAACAUGUACAAAAAGAUUCAGAGCCCCAUCGAUGUUAAAACACCUGGAAAUUCCGUAAAGCUGGCUGCAAUGAAAAGAAUUAGAGAUGCUGGUUGGACUGCUGUCACUGGCUCUGACAAGAAAAAGAAGACGACCAAUGAGAAAAUAUUUGCCUAAGUAUUGUCUGUACAGGUCAGGUUAGCAGAUAG